AUGACGCCGAUGCCAACGCCUACGGAGGCGGACACAUCAUAUGAUCCUAGGACGGCGACUCCUACGUACGGCACGGGGGCGGGCCCCCUGACGACAGUCUUCCAGACGCCCGACUUCUGCGCCUCUUCAUUAUGGCAAUACCCCUUGACGCCGCCGCUGUACAGCUCCAUCUGCAUGCCACCCAACUUCAAUAAUUACUGGAACUGGCAAAUAGGCUACUAUUCACCGGGCAUCUGCCCCUCGGGCUACACUGCCGCGUGCGACUUCCCGACAUCACUCGCCACCUUCUCAUCAUUCACAGACGAGUCCGCGUCGUCUAAAUCAUGGCCGUACUACGGCGGCGAGGUGAAGUCGGAUGAGACGGCUAGGUUAUGUUGCCCGACGGGCUACAACUGCUAUUCCACGGGGAUGAUGGGGGUCGGAUGGAGUUAUAGCCUCUGCAUAUCCACAGUGCCGUCCACGACAAUGCGGGACCCGGAGGUGACAACAGGCACAGCAUAUACGACAACAGAAAACCUGGCAUAUGCAAUACAAGUAAGAUGGCGGGAGGAGGACUUGAGCAUACUAGAGACGAAUCCGACCGUUCCGGGGCAGACGAUUGUGCAGACUCAGGCAAUCACAGAUGAGGCCACACCUCAAGCAACGCAAGCAACACAAGCCGGAACCGACUCCACAGAUGCCCCUGGGACAUUCUCCCGCGGGUCUGUCGCAGUCGCCGCAGGUGUUUCGGUCGGAGUGUUCUUGCUGCUAUUAUUAUCAGCGAUAUUGAUAUGGCGCCUGGCAAAGAAGAGGAAACAGGUGGCACGAUUGCAGAUGAGCGAGAAGGACAACAAGAGCCCCAAAGUGGGCUCCAGCGCCGACACAGUAAGCACCACGCUGUCCUCGGGGCCGUAUUCGCCGAACCCGGUCAGCCCGCUGACGGACGCGGGGGCGCGCUCCAUCACGGGUACCGUGAAGGGGGCCAACACGGCAGAGAUCGACUCGAGCCCCGUGGCCGAGAUGGCGACGGGGGAGUCCAACGCGGCGGAGCUGGCCGGCGACGCGACAAAGCCGGUGGAGCUCGCGACGGAGGAGAAGCCGGUCGAGGUCGAGACGAGGGAUUUCGUGGCGGAGCUGCCGGGCGAUAUGCCGGCCAGCUGGAGGGAGGACGUGGACGGCAGGCCCACGAGGAUGAAUACCCGGAAACAGCCAGGGGAGAAGUGGAAUUGGAUAUAA